AACGAUCCUUUUAUUUUGAAACGUUGCGUAUACUCAAAUGGUUUUGCGGGAUGUUGUUACCAUGUGUUUGACUGUUAACUCUCAGAAGUCGGAUAUAUUGAUGCAUUUACAGGAUUGCAGAGUGUCCUAUGAAGAUGUCUUCAUUAGUGGCCUAUGAGGAUUCAGAGUCAGAGGAUGAAUUUCUGGAUCAAACGAAGGAGGGAACAUCAGCUUCUGUCCAAACUGGAUCUUAUGAACAAAACCAAGAAGUUGUGGUGUGUAAUAACUCAGAUGUACCAGCCAAGCUUCGAAGUUUUACCCAUGACCAUGAGGGGACGGUGUUGGAAUACCAUGGGAAUAUCUCAGAAAGUACCAUUUCCUCAAUACAACCCCGUUCACAGCCACAGAACUUUUUUGACCUGAGCAGGAUAGCACAACAUAAGCAUUUCAGAGAUACUACAGCUCCUCCAAGUUUACCUGCAACUCGGGGGAAGAUGUCACCACAGCACAUUCUUCCUCACGUGCCACAAAGCUUUGGUGAUGGGAUGAACUCAGCAAAAAGACAGUACACUGUCCCAUCAUGUGUCAGACCAUACAUUCCCAAGAGACAGAAACUUGCCACUUCAGUGGAGACAGUGGACCCAAAGUAUCCAGCAGAGCAAGUCACAGGGAAUAAGACCAGGGAAAGCCAAAUUCUCUCAGAUGUGUCAGCGAUAGUGAAGCCGUAUCUUGCUCUCAAGCCCGACACAGCAGGGAUACCAAGGAGGCUUCUGAUGAGCCUGGGAGGCCACCAGGGCCCAGUCAACACAGUGCAAUGGUGUCCUGUGCCUCAUCUCAGUCACCUGCUGCUGUCUGCCUCCAUGGACAAGACUUUCAAGGUGUGGGAUGGAGCAGAGAGUGGGCGAUGCCUCAGGGUUUACACCUGCCAUUCAGGAGCUGUGCGUGAUGCCUGUUGGACCCCCUGCGGGCGACACCUUCUCACUGGCUCAUUUGACAACAAGGCUGUGAUCACAGACGUGGAAACAGGGGAGCAGAUAGUGAAAUUGGACAACCAGUUCAAGGUGAUGUCUGUGGCCCUGCAUCCGAACAACCCAGAUGUAUUCCUGUGUGGAGGUUAUAGUUCAGUGGUCAAGGCCUGGGACUCUCGCAGCAGCAAGAUGGUGAAAGUAUACAAAGCAGGGAUCCAGCAGACCUUGGACAUCCUGUUUCUGAGAGGUGGUAUGGACUUUAUAACAAGCUCUGACUGUGUGAGCAGAGACUCUGCAGACCGCACCCUCAUCGCCUGGGACUACCAGACCACAGCCAAAGUCUCCAAUCAGAUCUACCAUGAGAGAUACACGUGCCCGAGCCUGGCUCUCCACCCGGUGGAGGAGUCCUUUGUCGCCCAGACCAAUGGGAACUACAUGGCAGUGUUCUCCUCCCAGCAGCCCUAUAGAAUGAACAAGAGGCGGCGAUAUGAAGGACACAAGGUGGAGGGAUAUGCGGUGCAGUGUGAGUUUUCUCUGGAUGGAUCUAUCCUGGCCUCAGGGAGCGCCACAGGCUCCGCUCACUUCUACGACUACCACAACGCUCGGCUGCUGCACACUCUCCAAGCCCACAGCCAGCCCUGUCUCUGUGUGUCUCAGCAUCCUGUCCUGCCUGCGACUGUGGCAACCUGCGACUGGGCCGGUGAGAUCAAGGUCUGGCACUGAGGACUGUGAAUGAACAAGUGAAUAUGGAGUGAUAAAAGUUAUAGGAUGUAGCAGGUUUGCCAAGAGAAGACUGUAUUAAGCAGCAAACUCGUGCACAUCCAUCUCCGAGACUUUAUCCCCCAUAAUCUGUUGAGAUACGAUGAUGUAAACUUCCAUGAAAAAAGAUUUUUACACUGUAUUUUGUGAUGUUUUUGUAUUACUUUAAAAACCACCCAUAUUUUCAUACCACUUGAUAUGAAGUCAUAAUGGCACAGAACAGUCACUAAUGUGUAAAUCUUAAUAUAAACAUGUUAUUCAUAUUUGA